CUCAUCCGCAUGAGCAAAAGAGUGUGUGUGCUGAUGAUAACAGGAUCUUGGAUCAUAGGCUCUAUCAAUGCUUGUGCUCACACUGUAUAUAUUCUCCAUAUUCCUUAUUGCCAAUCCAGGGCCAUCAAUCAUUUCUUCUGUGAUGUCCCAGCCAUGGUGACUCUGGCCUGCACGGACACCUGGGUCUAUGAGGGCACAGUGUUUUUGAGCACCACCAUCUUUCUGGUGUUUCCCUUCAUUGGUAUUUCAUGUUCCUAUGGCCGGGUUCUCCUUGCUGUCUACCGCAUGAAAUCUGCAGAAGGGAGGAAGAAGGCCUACCUGACCUGCAGCACCCACCUCACUGUAGUGACUUUCUACUGUGCACCUUUUGUCUACACCUAUCUGCGUCCAAGAUCCCUGCGAUCUCCAACAGAGGACAAGGUUCUGGCUGUUUUCUACACCAUCCUCACCCCAAUGCUCAACCCCAUCAUCUACAGCCUGAGAAACAAGGAGGUGAUGGGGGCCCUGACACGAGUGAGUCAGAGACUCUGCUCUGUGAAAAUGUAG